AACUAAGUAUGAAGCUGGGUCAUUUCCUUUGAAUUUCUCUUUUAACGUCAUUAGCAGAGCUUGUGGUUCUGUUGCUUGUGCAGAGUGAAGGCAGGUAGCUCUUUUUAUUUUUCCCAGCAUAUCUAGUAGAGGAUUUUCCAUACUUUUGAUAAAAACUGAAGCCAUUUGUGAACCACGCUGAAUAACCUGUGGCACGAAGUCAAUAACGGAGCUUUUAUCCAGUGAGAGACACAUAAGCAGGUGUUCAGCUGUCUGGGAUCCAAGACAAAAGUGUAACCAUCUUUCAGACUUUUGAGGAAAUUGCUUAAUUUGGAGCAAGAACUGCAAAGAAGUUCAUAAAAUGGGCUUCUGCAAGAUGGGUAAUGUUUUCCUGGAUUACAUUUAGAAGAUGGGAAAGGAAGCAAAAGAUUGAAACAAUGUUUUGGUGUUACCUGGUUUCAUUCUCACUGUGUAUCCAAGAAUGGAUUCAUCCUUAACAGUUACUUUGAGCAUUGAGCAACAUCUCUAAAAAGGUUUGAAUAAUUUUUCAGAGGAGUAGACACAAACUGGGAAAAAGCUUUCACGAAAACUACCUUCAAUAAAUUUAAAAUGCCUUCUGAAGAUGAAAAGAAGUAUACCGCAGAUGGAAACAGUCAUGAGCUCGCUGCAUCCAGCCAGGGCCAUGAAUCUGAAGACCAACACAAGGCAAAGAAGAAGCAGAAGAAAGGGGAAAAACCUAAGGUGGUCAGCCCACUUACACUGUUUCGAUACUCCAGCUGGUCAGAUAAAUUAUUAAUGAUACUAGGCACUCUGCUGGCAGUAGUCCAUGGAAGCAGUCUCCCUGUUGCGAUGGUAAUUUUUGGUGAUAUGACUGAUAGUUUUGUUGCUUCUGGAAACAAAAGUUUUGCAGGAAACAUUUCACUACAGAAUUUUACUUCAGAAAUACUUCACAAGCUGGAAGAAGAUAUGACAAGAUAUGCAUACUACUAUUCUGCAAUAGCAGCUGGUGUUCUUCUUGCUGCUUAUAUUCAGACUUCAUUUUGGACCUUAGCAGCAGGUCGGCAAAUAAAAAAAAUUAGAGAAAAAUUUUUUCAUGCAAUUAUGAGACAGGAAAUUGGAUGGUUUGAUGUAAAUGAUGUGGGAGAACUUAACACUCGUCUUCUAGAUGAUGUCUCCAAGAUUAAUGAUGGAAUAGGUGACAAGAUUGGAUUGCUUGUUCAAGCAAUAACAACAUUUGUGACAGGAUUUAUUGUUGGUCUCAUAAGAGGAUGGAAAUUAACCCUGGUAAUACUAGCAGUUAGUCCUGUCCUGGGACUUUCAGCAGCCCUCUGGGCAAAGGUUCUCUCUGCUUUCACUGACAAAGAACAAGCUGCAUAUGCAAAAGCAGGUGCUGUUGCAGAAGAAGUUCUGGCAGCAAUCCGUACUGUAAUAGCUUUUGGAGGACAGGAAAAAGAAAUUAAAAGAUACCACAAAAAUUUAGAAGAUGCUAAACGGAUUGGAAUAAGAAAGGCUAUUACAGCUAAUAUUUCUAUGGGUGCUGCUUUCUUACUGAUAUAUGCAUCAUAUGCACUGGCAUUCUGGUAUGGAACUACUUUGGUCUUAACUGAUGAUUAUACUAUUGGCAAAGUUCUUACAGUCUUUUUCUCUGUAUUGAUUGGAGCUUUCAGUAUUGGACAGACUGCCCCAAGCAUAGAGGCAUUUGCUAGUGCAAGAGGAGCUGCCUAUACAAUCUUUAAUAUAAUAGACAAUGAACCUCAAAUUGACAGCUAUUCAGAGACAGGUUACAAACCAGACCACAUAAAAGGGAACUUGGAAUUCAAAAAUGUUUACUUCAAUUAUCCAUCCAGACCAGAUGUUGAGAUACUGAAGGGCUUGAAUCUCAAGAUUAAUUCUGGCCAGACAGUGGCCCUGGUUGGUGGCAGUGGCUGUGGGAAAAGUACAACUGUUCAGCUCAUCCAGAGAUUUUAUGAUCCCAAGGAAGGCAUGGUUACCAUUGAUGGGCAGGAUAUUAGGACCUUAAACGUAAGGUAUCUGCGGGAGGUUAUUGGUGUGGUGAAUCAGGAGCCCGUGCUCUUUGCCACUACUAUUGCAGAAAAUAUUCGUUAUGGCCGUGAGAAUGUCACCAUGGAGGAGAUUGAAAAAGCCACCAAGGAGGCAAAUGCUUAUGACUUCAUCAUGAAGCUACCCAAUAAGUUUGAAACUGUGGUUGGAGAAAGAGGGGCACAGCUGAGUGGAGGCCAGAAGCAAAGAAUAGCAAUUGCCCGAGCUCUGGUUCGCAAUCCUAAAAUUCUUCUGCUUGAUGAGGCAACAUCAGCUUUGGAUACUGAGAGUGAAUCAAUUGUGCAGGCAGCACUGGACAAGGCAAGGGAGGGACGCACUACGGUUGUGGUAGCUCAUCGGCUGUCAACGGUGCGAAAUGCAGAUCUGAUCGCUGUGUUCGAAGGUGGAGUCAUCACAGAGCAGGGGAAUCAUGCAAAAUUGCUUGAGAGAAAGGGAAUCUACCACAAACUUGUUAACAUGCAGACAAUAGAAGCUGAAGUUCCAUCAUCAGAAAAUCAUGACAAUGCAGAUAGUGUCAAAAACAGUGAAUCUGAAGCAGAAUUUGAAGAAUCCUUAACUAAAGGAUUGAGAAGACGAUCAACUCGGAGAAGCAUGAAAAAGCCAGGAGAGCAAAAUGAUAGUCCUGAUGAGGAAAAAACUUCACCUGCUGAAGAAGUACCUCCAGCUUCAUUUCUGAAAAUUAUGAAGUUGAACAAAACUGAAUGGCCAUACUUUGUAGCUGGAACCUUGUGUGCAAUUAUCAAUGGAGCUUUACAACCUGCCUUUGCAAUCAUAUUUUCUGAAAUUAUAGGGAUUUUUUCAGAGACUGACAAGGACCUGUUAAGAAAACAGAGCAACUUAUAUUCACUGCUGUUUUUAGCACUUGGGAUCAUUUCCUUUUUUACUUUCUUUGUUCAGGGUUUUGCAUUUGGCAAAGCUGGAGAAAUUCUUACAAUGAGGCUUCGAUUCAUGGCAUUUAAAGCAAUGCUUAGACAGGAUAUGGGCUGGUUCGAUAAUCCUAAAAAUAGCACUGGAGCAUUAACUACAAGACUUGCUAAUGAUGCCUCUCAAGUGAAAGGAGCAACUGGUGUCAGACUAGCAUUAAUUGCCCAAAACAUAGCCAACCUUGGAACUGGAAUUAUUAUAUCAUUAGUUUAUGGCUGGCAGCUGACCCUGCUACUUUUAGCUGUUGUGCCCAUCAUUGCAGUGGCUGGAAUGAUUGAAAUGAAGAUGUUGGCUGGACAUGCUAAGAAAGAUAAACGAGAGCUGGAAACUGCAGGAAAGAUUGCCACAGAAGCAAUAGAAAAUAUUAGAACUGUUGUUAGCUUGACUCGAGAAAGAAAAUUUGAGUCGAUGUAUGGAGAACAUCUGAUUGUACCAUACAGAAAUUCUGUGAAGAAGGCACAUAUAUUUGGUUUUUGUUUUGCCCUUUCACAAGCAAUGAUGUUCUUUACCUAUGCCGGCUGUUUCCGAUUUGGUGCCUAUCUAGUGGUAAAUGAUCUUAUGGAGUAUAAGGAUGUAUUUUUAGUGUUUUCAGCUGUUGUAUUUGGUGCAAUGGCACUAGGACAAACCAGUUCUUUUGCUCCAGACUAUGCCAAAGCCAAGAUAUCAGCAGCCCACUUGUUUAUGCUGUUUGAGAGAGUGCCCUCAAUAGACAGUUACAGUGAGGAAGGAGACAAGCCUGAAACAUUUGAGGGAAAUAUAACAAUCAAAGACAUGGCAUUUAACUACCCAAACCGACCAGAGGUCAAAAUUCUCCAAGGUUUGAAUCUAAAAGUAGAGAAGGGACAAACUCUGGCUCUUGUUGGCAGCAGUGGCUGUGGAAAGAGCACCGUUGUUCAGCUGCUGGAAAGAUUUUAUGACCCACUUGAUGGAGAAAUGCUUUUUGAUGGCAAAAAUGCAAAGGAACUGAAUAUCCAGUGGUUGAGAGCUCACAUUGGUAUUGUCUCACAAGAACCAAUCCUGUUUGACUUCACUAUUGCUGAAAAUAUUGCCUAUGGAGAUAACAGUCGGCAGGUGUCCUUUGAGGAAAUUGUUAGUGCAGCAAAAGAAGCCAAUAUUCAUUCCUUCAUUGACUCACUGCCAGAUAAAUACAAUACCCGUGUAGGAGACAAGGGAACCCAGCUCUCAGGGGGCCAGAAACAACGUAUUGCUAUUGCCCGAGCUCUUGUACGCAAGCCUCAAAUUCUGCUUCUGGAUGAAGCUACUUCUGCCUUAGACACAGAAAGUGAAAAGAUUGUCCAGGAGGCGCUGGAUAAAGCUCGAGAGGGGCGUACGUGCAUCGUGAUAGCUCACCGCCUCUCCACCAUCCAAAACGCGGACAAGAUCGCCGUGGUGCAGAAUGGCAGGGUCAUAGAGCAGGGCACCCAUCAGCAGCUGCUGGCUGAAAAAGGCGUUUACUAUUCCCUGGUCAAUGUUCAAAGUGGGUAAUGCAACAUCCCAGUUAAAGGCAGCACUUAUCCCUGAAUUGUCACUGGGGCUACUUUGGUCAUUGUAAUUCAAUACCAACAGUCAGUCUUGAUAUUUUUGGUUUUCUUCAUUCCUUUCAUAAGUUAUGCAAACCCUAGAAAUAAGUAAAUGUGUACCAGUUUCUCACUACUAGUUUUCAUUAUUCAAACCUCUUUUCUAUGUGGCCAAAGCAGAUGCCCAUUGCACUUAUGAAAGUAGAAGCAUGCUAAGCCAAAUGUAAUUAAUAUUAUCUUGCUUUGAACUCUUUCAAAAAUCACAUUAGUUAUGUGUAAGCCACUUGGAAAUAUUUUCAUGCUCAUUAAAAACAGUUCUACUCUUGUCAGAAAUAAACCUCAAGCCUUAUCCUCACUGUGCCUUUGUAAGACAGUCAGUCCUGGCCUAUAAGGUGUUAUAAGAACUUGUAGGUGAGCUGAAGUUUGAUUCCAGAUGUCUGUUGUUACGAUGUGGAGUUUCAGCCUGGGAUGUCAUUGAAAAUAUGGGCACAGGCUGAAAACAAAGGUCCCAGAACUGUAAGUAACUUACUGAUAGGUAGUUACUGAUCAUUGAAGAGCUGCAACCUUAAGAGAUGGAAAAAGACUGCUUGAAAUGAAACAGAAAUUAAACAGUAGAUAAGGAAAAAACCCAAGACCACAAGUAAUGGGCAAGACAAGGCAUCUGCUGCAGCCUGGGAAAGUACUCUCCACAAGUCUCUCAAAAUCCUCAGAGUCAGAGGUCAACAACUAAGAGCUCUCUAAAGACUGCAGUAUUUUAUACAAGGUGAAAAUCCCGGAUUUUGACUUGGAGGAGGGGGAAGGAAGGCAUCCUUUUCAGUGCUGACAUCCUUGGUUGAAGAGCUCUUGACCCUGAGCACUGCCAUGACUGAGAUUCUCAAGGACUGUAACCAUUGGUGCUGAAUUCUUGGCAUCGGCUCCGGGUUAUUGUAUAUUAUUUGCUAAUACAGGACGGCUGUUAAGGUCUAACUGCUUUGAAUAUGGAGUAAUAUUGAUUAAUAAUUAUUAAUAACUAAACAGUAAAAAUGUAUUUUAUUAGUGACUAUUUAUGCAGUAAAGUUUUGUUUUUAAGUUUAAAA